AUGAUUGAGCCCGUAUAUGGCACAAUGGAUGAUUUUGUAACCAGUACGCAAGCACUAGCAAUGGAUUUACGUUCGAAAUAUUCGCUCGAAGAACGCAUCUAUCUUGUAUCAGCAUAUUACCGAUAUGAUGCUGAUUAUAAUACAAUUUUUACAGACUUUGAGGUGAAAUUCCCAAAUACCUCUGUCCCACGACGCGAAACAGUGUACCGACUGAUCAAAAAAUUUGAAAAACAUGGCUCAGUCGUUGAUGCUCCACGUUCUGGCCAUCCUCGAACAGCAGCAACAAAUGAAAACAUGAUGUACGUUGCGCAGUCGUAUGUCGAGAAUCCAGCACAAUCUACUGUACGUGUGUCAAACGGGAGUUCAUAA